AUGUCUAUCAAGAGUACGGAGAAUCUAGCUGGCACUUUUGUGAGCCAGGAGACUGUCGAAUUGGUAAGAGCUCAAGCCCUUUACAUGCUUGAUGUCGCGCAGAAACUCCCUAACGGCGUCUACGCCAUGGGCGGUCUCUACCUCUCAUGGGUGGCCAGCCGCUGGUUGUCAGACCGCAUGCUGAACAACAACGUAUCGGCCAAGUUCGACUGGAAGAAAGAGAUUGCCGUUGUCACUGGUGGCUCUGGUGGUAUUGGUGCAGAGGUCGUCAAGGCCUUGAACGCUGAGGGAGUCACUACGAUUGUGAUAGACGUGCUCCCGCUGUCAUAUCCGAAGUCAAAAUCGAUUCACUAUUAUAAGUGUGACUUGACAAACUACGAAGAACUCCAAUCCGUCGUACGCAAGAUCAAGAAAGAAGUCGGGACCACAACCAUUGCUAUUGCCAAUGCCGGAAUUUGCAGAGGAAAACCCAUCAUGGCUGCAUCCAAGAAGGACAUUGAGCUUACGUUUGGGGUCAACAACCUGGCCAUGCUCUGGACGGCCAAGACAUUCCUGCCAGAUAUGCUUGACAAUAACCACGGCCAUUUCCUCAUUGUAGCUUCGCAGACAGCCUGUUCCGCCACGCCAGGAUUGACUGAUUACUCCGCCUCCAAAUCCGCCGCAGUUGCUAUCUAUGAAGGUCUUGACGGUGAAGUCCGCAACAUCCACAAAGCCAAUGGUGUCCGCGUUUCGUGCGUGAGCCCAAGCGCUGUCGAUACGAAGAUGUUCAGCGGCAUUAAGCUUGGGCCAGGCAUUUCUGCCUUGGACCCCAAAGCCCUGGGGGGUGAGAUUGCAGACAUAAUCUUUUCGGGCAAGUCGCAGAAUGUCUUUGUUCCACGAUCCGCAGCAGUGGCCGUGUAUUUCCGGACACUUCCGGAUUGGGUGCGGGUUUUGAUGCAAAAGACAAGUACCAAGAUGAUGGAGGAUUCGAAGCCACACGACCCUCUAAAGGACAAGGACUCGUGA